AUGCGGCAGUCUUUUGGAGUCGUUAUGGCUUUGCUAUCCUCGCCAUCUCUCGCAUCGUCUCUUUCGGAACUAUGCACCCUCUCGAACCUGAAAGCUGCGCUGCCCUCCAAUGGAACCCUUCUGGGAAUCGAUAUGAUCCCAUCUACUAUCACAGUUUCCACGGCGGUUUAUAACGCCAGUGCCGGUAUGGGAGGUGGACCAAUGAGGCGAGAUACCGAUACUUACAACUACUGUAACGUCACUGUCGCGUACACCCACGGCACCAAGGGUGACACAGUCAACCUCAAGUAUGCCUUUCCUGAUCCCGAAAACUUCAAGAACCGGUUCUAUGUUGCGGGUGGAGGUGGUUACUCUCUCAACACUGAUACUACUGGCGGCCUCAAGUAUGGAGCUGCCGCAGGAGCCACUGAUGGUGGAUACGAUGCCUUCAACUACAGUCUCGAUGAGAAGUUCCUUCUCGGCAACGGUUCCAUCAACUGGGAUGCGACAUACAUGUUCUCUUAUCAAGCACUCGGAGAGAUGACCCAGAUCGGAAAGUAUAUCACCAAGGACCUUUAUGACAUGUCAAAGUCGAGUAAGGUCUAUACCUACUACGAGGGCUGCUCGGAUGGCGGACGAGAGGGAAUGAGCCAGGUUCAACGAUGGGGUAACGAGUAUGACGGUGUCAUCGCUGGAGCUCCUGCAUUUCGCUUCGCGCAGCAACAAGUCUUGCACGUCUACCCUGCCGCCGUUGAGCAAACACUUGACUACUACCCCCCUCCUUGUGAGCUCAAGAAGAUCAUCAACGCCACUAUUGAGGCCUGCGAUGAUCUCGAUGGAAGGAAAGAUGGCGUCAUCUCCCGAACGGAUCUUUGCAAGAUUCACUUCAACCUCAAGUCACUCAUUGGCAAGGAGUACUACUGUGCAGCUGAGACCAGUUCUUCACUUGGCUUUGGGUUCAGCAAGAGACAGGCUCCCGGUAGCCAGAUGAGCAAUGCCCCAGAACAGAAUGGUACUAUUACUGCUGAGGGUAUUGCCGUUGCUCGAGCUAUUUACGAUGGUGUCUUUAAUAGCAAGGACGAAAGAGCGUAUCUGUCUUGGCAGAUUGGCUCUGAACUAUCUGAUGGUGAGCCUACCUACGACAACGAAACCGACAAGUGGACUCUAAACAUCCCCUCUACUGGUGGCAUGUACGUUGCAAAGUUCAUUGAGCUUCUGGACCUUGAUAACCUUGAGAACCUUAACAAUGUCACGUAUGACACCCUGGUAGACUGGAUGAACACUGGUAUGGUCCGCUACUACGACAGUUUACAAACUACUCAUCCUGAUCUCACAACCUUUAAGGAAGCUGGUGGCAAGCUCCUCCACUACCAUGGCGAAUCAGAUCCCAGCAUCCCAGCAGGUUCUUCCGUCCACUACUGGCAGUCUGUUCGAUCCAUCAUGUAUCCAAAACUGUCCGAUGAGAAGGCACAAAAGGCUCUUUCUGAAUGGUACCAGUUCUAUCUCGUGCCUGGAGCUGCUCACUGCGGCACAAAUUCUCUGCAGCCGGGCCCUUAUCCUCAGAACAACAUGAACAUUAUGAUCGACUGGGUUGAGAAUGGUAAGCAGCCAUCGAGACUCAAUGCUACUGUUUCUUCAGGCGACUAUAAAGGAGAGACACAGAUGUUGUGCCAAUGGCCCAAGCGACCUCUUUGGAAGAACGAUAAGAGCUUUGCGUGUGUUGAUGACGAGAAGUCAAUCGAGAGUUGGACAUACAGCUUCAAUGCUUUCAAGAUCCCUGCGAUUGACACAACCCUCAAUCUCACAUGGGUUCUCCAAGCCCGAGCCCCGAGGACCCAACGGUCACGAGGCGGAUGUCAGACGUGUCGGGUGAAAAAGGUCAAGUGCGACGAGACGCGACCGAUUUGCCGACGAUGCAUCCGCUUGGAAUUGACUUGCGACUAUACGCGCCUCCCACGCAAGAAGUACACCAGGCGCGUUAUCGCUUCUCCUGUUGUAUCGUCUCCUGCAAACUUGACUGCCAGCGCAGAUGCGGCUUCAACGCCUAGCACCAGUUUCACAGCCCCUGGCGAUCAUCCAUAUUCUGGAGAGGCUUACUGCGAAGGCUUUGGGGUAGGACCGUUAUCCGAUGCUCAGAGUGCAGAUAUCAGUUUACCGCCACUCGGUAGCAUUGCCGACGACGGCCUUGCGCUUGAACUCUCACCUGACUGUGCCGCUAUCUUGUUCCCUUCCGAUCACUCGGCAAUCCACUUCUUCCGAUUUGUCCUUCCAGGGAUGGUUGGUACGCGGAUAUCGAUGCACAGCGGCCCUGGUCUGGUCUGGAAGUUGGCUCAGCAGAGCCCCAUGGUCCUUCAUAUGGUAUGCGCAGUCAGUGGCCAGUCCUGGUCUGAGAAGACAACUGGUUCUGAGUCAGAUGCUGAGUUCAGACGACUGAGAGCUAUCCAGCACUAUAGAGAUGGUUUGCAGAUGCUCGCUGCGGCUACGCAGAUCCCUAGCGAGAUCACGUAUCUGCCACCUGUUCUAGCUACCUUGUGGCUCAUGCUCUUGUAUGAACUCAAGUUUGGCGAUGGUUGCGGUAUUGGCUUUGAUGCACAUCUACGAGGCGCCACUUCUAUAUUACUGGGUCGAUCGCAACUUGCCAGUAGCGAAAGUAGUGAGCACCAUGUGUCACAUAUUAUUGAAGCUGAGAGCUUUUGCUCUGUUUCCUGCAAGAUACUCAUAUGGCUCUCGCACGCUGAUGGAGGUGCUGUUUUGAAUGGCUUUGGCGGGGCUUUCAAUAACCUUCUGGGAGACUCUUCACGUGGCAUGUCUGAGAGUGAAGCGCAGGAUCGCUUGGAACGGGUCAGACGACUGCAAAAGCGAUCUGUUCUUGCCAACUAUGACUUGUGGGGAAGGUCGUAUCCCCAGACAGAGCUGUUGGAGGACCUGCAGUGUAGUGACCUAUCAUGCUUCGAUGCCGAGUCCGCUCAGCUGAAGUUUAUGGUUGGUGCCCUAGCUGCAGCUGAGUAUCGAGAUAAUGUCCCCCACGGUUCGUGGGGACAAUCUGUCGCAGGUGCCAUCCGCAACGUCAGAUCUAGAUAUGGAGAGUUGAUAAGCGUGGCUAACCGCCUCGAACUACCCGAUGAUGGACCCCAUAGACGGUUCGUGAUGGAAAUGCAAUCGGUCGUUUCCUGCUUUCACGCGAUUUUUGUCUGCUUUCUCCGCAUUACUCGCGGACAAGAACCAAUGGCACCAGAGCAACGCGAGGCCAUGAAAGAGAUCAUGUCGCUAGCCUUCAAGGUUUAUCGAGACCAGGGAGAGGCAGGUCUAGCCCGGCUAGGUUGGCCAUUAUUCGUGGUGGCGAUCGAGUCAGACGAUAUACUGCAUAGAUCUUGGGUACUGGAGCGGUUUAGCGAGCUUGCAUCCCAUGGGGAGAACUAUCGGCAAGCUUAUCAAGCUAUACGGGUCGCUGUAGCAGACCUCUACUUUCACCUGCACUUUGUCUUUAAUCUAACAAUACUCCAAAUCGCCAGCAUCAUGUGGUCACCAACCGGUAUCAUUGGGCCUUUUCAGCCCAAAUCGAGUCGACUUACAGUCAUGCUCCUCGUUGCAAGCGCGGCGGUCUACGCAACGACUGCCGGUUACGACUCGGCGCUCAUGAGCGGAAUCAACAUCAUACCCUCCUACACCGAGUUUCUAAACCUCAACACUACUACCCGUGCCUUGAACGUGUCUGCAAACUUCAUUGGAUGGGGCAUUGCAUCCCUGACCAUGGGUCCCGUCGUCAACGCGAUUGGUCGCAAGAACUCCAUUUUGGUGGCUCUCUUGACCAAGCUUUUCAGCAUUGGAUUGGUUGCUGGCUCCCAAAACUUUGCCAUGUUUAUUUCUGGUCGAAUCAUUCUGGGUGUGGCUUCUGGACUUUCAAGCAUUGCCGGUUCAACUUGGCUCGCGGAGACUCUUCCACCCAAGAUUCGCGGACUCGGUCUAAGCAUUACCUUCUCCGUCUACUACGUUGGUGCCUUGAUUUCCGCAGGCAUUACCUAUCGUACUGCCGAAAUCUCUGGAGAGUGGUCCUGGCGUCUUCCUAUUCUUUUACAGAGCAUGUUCUCCUUGAUCUGCAUCUUCUGCCUCUUCCUGACUCCCGAAUCGCCUCGAUGGCUUUCCCAUCAAGACAUGUUGGAGGAAUCUCUCCAAGUCAUAGCGUCAAUUUCUGCCAAUGGAGAUCAGUCAAACCAGGAAGUUCGUGAACAAUAUCAAGGCAUGAUCGAUAGCAGAGAAAGGGAGCGAUCCGAAGGCAAGACAGCAUCAUAUACUGAGCUUUUCACGACUCGUUCUGCUCGGAGGCGACUCAUGCUUGCAGUUUCAGUAGCCGUCAUCGUCAUGGCAAGCGGAAAUAAUAUUGCAUCCUUUUUCCUUGGCGACAUGCUCACAAACGCUGGUAUCACCAAUAGAACUACGCAGCUACAAAUCAAUAUCGUAUUGCAAUCUUGGUGUCUUGCCUGUGCUAUGUUAGGGACGUUUCUUAUGGAUAGAGCUGGUCGAAAGACGCUCUGUCUCUCUGCCUGCGUCGGAAUGGCCAUCUUGAUGUUUGUUAUUGCUGCACUGACAAAGACUUUCAGCACUAGCCAAGACCUCGCUGGGAUCUAUGGGACUGUCGCUUGUAUCUUCCUCUUUAUGGGUGCAUACAGUGUUGGCAUCACUCCUAUUACGCAACUGUACCCUCCUGAAGUUCUUAGCUACUCUAUCCGUACUAACGGAAUGGCUAUAUGGGCUGGAACGAUUGCGAUAUUCGCUAGAUACAGCAUUGGAACCACCCUUGUGUUCCCCAUUGCGCUUGAGGCUAUCUCCUGGCGCCUCUACUUUAUAAUCGGAGCAUGGGAUGUUCUAGAGACCAUCUUUGUUGCUGUGUUUUGGGUUGAAACAAAAGGACUGUCUCUCGAGGAGAUUGAUGAGUUGUUUGAAGGGGUAGUUUACAACGGUCAUGGAGCUUCUGAGGUUCUUGAAGAUGGGAUUAUGACUAAAGAUCAAGAUGGAAAGGAUCGAUCUGUCUCUAUUGCACGCUCGGCCACGGAGUAG